AUGCUGAGACCAGCCUACAAAUCACUAGUGAAAACGUCACUGUUACAAAGACGACUAAUAUCCUCAAAGGGAUCCAAGCUGUUUAAACCUUCUCCGGACUCAACAAGUACAAUACUAAUAUCUGAAGACCCCCUUGUAACAACCACAUCUUCCACCCCAUCUACACCAUCGGGAAUAAUAAGUUCAAAUGACUUCCCCUUGUUCAACAAAAACAGGAAAAACGCUAAUAGCGGUAUGUCUUAUCAAUGGAAAGGUUCCUCAGAAUUAGAGUUUGACCCUUUUAAUAAAUCACAUGCCUCGGCAGUAACAUCGAUGACAAGAACGAGAGACGUUAUGCAAUUAUGGUCUUUGUUAGAAGCUUGCUUGCAAUCGAACCUAAUGAAAAGAGCGUUCUCUAUAUUAGAGUCACUGUACCUGGUACCUGAACAUAAGCAGAGGUUUAUCGAGGAUUAUAACAUGUAUUUGAAUGCAUUUUCCAAACAUGAUCCUAAUUUCCCGAUUUUAAAAAUGAACGAAAAGUUAACAAAUGACCUGGAGACAAGUUUUAAGGACAUUAAUUAUAAUGACAAAACUCUGGCAAUAAUGAUUCAUCACGCUUUGAAUUUCCACUCAACUACAAGCUCGAUGCUUUUGAAGCCUACUAUCUCUGCCUACUUGAAAAUGAGCGUGAACGGCAUUAGGGAAAUUUUCUCCUAUCUAGAUAUUUUGACCAUUUCAGAUCUGAAUAUUUUAGUGAAUGACUUAAAAGUCAUAUCAUCAUCGCAGCUUCCAAAUUCUGUUAGACCGAUAUUAGAGUCACUUACACCAUCUUCUACACCUGUAAAUAAUGUUGAAAACGAGGACGGUUCGAACAAAAUGGAAACUGAGAACGAUUCAAAGUUGGAUAAAGCGCCAAAUGCAAGUUCUGGUUCCAUAAAGACACCUUCUUUAGAACCUCUUCGAGAGGUCUCAUUACACGGUUCAACGGAGGUCCUGCCAAAAGACGCUGAAAAGCUUAUAGCUGUAGACACUAUUGGAAUGAGAGUUAUCAGACAUACUUUAUUGGGAUUAUCGUUAACCCCAGAGCAGAAAGAGCAAAUUUCCAAAUUCAAAUUCGAUGCCAAUGAUAAUAUUUUGAACAUGAAGCCGACAAAAAGUGAUGAUAAUAAUAAUACUAUAAAUUUUUUUGAAAUUUACAAUUCACUACCAACAUUAGAGGAGAAGAAGGCAUUUGAAAGUGCGUUAAAUAUAUUUAACCAAGAUAGACAAAAGGUACUAGAAAACCGUGCAACAGAGGCCGCAAGAGAACGUUGGAAACAUGAUUUUGAAGAGGCGAAAGCUAGAGGUGAUAUUUCAAUUGAAAAAAAUUUAAACGUCAAAUUAUGGAAAUGGUAUAAUGAUAUGUUGCCUUUAGUGAAGGAAGAAAUCAAUCAUUGUAAGUCAUUAUUAUCAGAAAAGCCAUACGAUAAGAAAGGCUUAAAUAAGGUUGACACAAACCGUCUUGGCUAUGGACCAUACUUAACCCUUAUCGACCCUGGUAAAAUGUGUGUCAUCACCAUUUUGGAAUUACUAAAAUUGAAUUCCACGGGUGGUGUUAUUGAAGGUAUGAGGACUGCAAGAGCUGUUAUAUCGGUAGGUAAAGCUAUCGAAAUGGAAUUCAGGUCCGAGCAAGUUUUAAAAAGUGAAUCUCAAACGUUCAGAGAUGUUAACAAAAAAUCACCGGAAUUUAAGAAACUGGUGCAAAACGCUAAAUCUGUAUUCAGGUCAUCGCAAAUUGAGCAGUCAAAAAUUUUGUGGCCUCAGAGUAUCAGAGCCAGAAUCGGUUCCGUAUUGAUCUCAAUGUUGAUCCAAGUUGCUAAGGUAUCUGUGCAAGGUGUUGAUCCCAUAACGAAGGCUAAGGUUCAUGGUGAAGCACCGGCUUUUGCCCAUGGUUAUCAAUAUCACAAUGGUUCCAAAUUGGGUGUCUUGAAGAUUCACAAGACUUUAAUCCGCCAAUUAAACGGUGAAAGAUUGAUUGCAUCUGUUCAACCACAACUAUUACCGAUGUUGGUAGAACCCAAACCAUGGGUUAAUUGGAGAUCAGGUGGGUAUCAUUAUACACAAUCCACCCUUCUAAGAACAAAGGACUCACCUGAACAAGUCGCAUACUUGAAAGCAGCUUCUGAUAAUGGUGAUAUAGGUCGCGUUUAUGAUGGUUUGAAUGUUCUGGGUAGAACACCCUGGACAGUCAAUAGGAAAGUAUUUGAUGUGGUUUCACAGGUUUGGAAUAAAGGAGAGGGUUUCUUGGAUAUUCCAGGUGCCCAAGACGAAAUGGUUUUACCACCAGCUCCUCCAAGGAAUUCCGACCCUUCCAUUUUAAGAGCCUGGAAACUACAGGUUAAAACAAUUGCGAAUAAAUUCUCCUCAGAUAGAUCGAAUAGGUGCGAUACAAAUUAUAAGUUGGAAAUUGCAAGGGCUUUUUUGGGUGAAAAGCUGUACUUUCCACAUAAUUUAGACUUUAGAGGACGUGCUUAUCCUUUGUCUCCACAUUUCAACCAUCUUGGUAAUGAUAUGAGUCGUGGUCUUUUGAUUUUCUGGCAUGGCAAAAAAUUAGGACCUUCUGGUCUGAAGUGGUUAAAGAUUCAUUUGUCAAAUUUGUUUGGAUUUGAUAAGUUACGUUUAGAGGAUCGUGUUGCAUUUACGGAAUCUCAUUUGAAGGAUAUCAAAGAUUCUGCGGAAAACCCUUUAACUGGGGAUCGUUGGUGGACUACUGCUGAUAAGCCAUGGCAAGCAUUGGCCACAUGCUUUGAAUUGAAUGAGGUCAUGAAAAUGGAUAAUCCGGAGGAAUUUAUCUCCCAUCAACCUGUUCACCAAGACGGUACAUGCAAUGGUUUGCAACACUAUGCUGCUUUAGGUGGUGACGUUGAAGGUGCUACUCAAGUGAAUCUGGUUCCAAGCGAUAGACCACAAGACGUUUAUGCCCAUGUUGCAAGAUUGGUGGUAAAGAGAUUAGAAAUUGCAGCCGAAAAAGGUGACGAAAACGCCAAAAUUUUAAAGGACAAGAUUACCAGGAAGGUUGUCAAGCAAACUGUCAUGACAAACGUUUAUGGUGUUACAUAUGUUGGCGCUACUUUCCAAAUUGCUAAACAAUUAAGCCCGAUUUUUGAUGAUCGUAAAGAAAGCUUAGAUUUUUCGAAAUACUUAACCAAGCAUGUGUUCGGUGCUAUUCGUGAGUUAUUUCACAGUGCGCAUUUAAUUCAAGAUUGGCUAGGUGAAAGUGCCAAAAGAAUUUCCAAAUCUAUUAGGUUAGAUGUUGAUGAAAAAUCUUUCAAGAAUGGUAAUAAGCCGGACUUUAUGUCAUCCGUCAUAUGGACGACGCCACUAGGUUUACCAAUUGUCCAGCCAUAUCGUGAAGAAAGCAAAAGGCAAAUUGAAACCAAUUUGCAAACUGUCUUCAUUAGUGAUCCGUUUGCUGUCAACCCUGUUAAUGCAAGAAGACAAAAGGCUGGUCUUCCACCGAAUUUCAUUCAUUCACUGGAUGCUUCACAUAUGUUGUUAAGCGCAGCAGAAUGUGGAAUGCAAGGACUAGAUUUUGCAUCUGUUCAUGAUUCUUAUUGGACGCAUGCAUCUGAUAUAGACACCAUGAAUGUAGUAUUAAGAGAGCAGUUUAUCAAAUUGCAUGAGGUAGAUCUGGUUUUGAGAUUGAAGGAGGAAUUUGACCAAAGGUAUAAAAACUAUGUCAAGAUUGGAAAGUUGAAGAGAUCUACGGAUUUGGCUCAGAAGAUUAUUAGAAUCCGCAAGGAUCUAUCCAAAAAAUUAGGGAGAAGUACUACAUUAGCAGAUGAAAUUUAUUUCGAGAAGAAAAGGCAGGAGUUAUUGAACAGUCCCCUAAUAGAAGAUAGAAACGUUGGUGAAAAGAUGGCUACAACUGUAUCAUUAUUUGAAGACGUCACGGAUUUGGACGCACUUGAACUAGAAAACGGCGGAGAUGAAAAUAGCGGUAUGAGUGUUCUUUUACCGUUGAGAUUACCUGAAAUCCCACCAAAAGGUGAUUUUGACGUCACAGUAUUAAGAGGCAGUCAAUAUUUCUUUUCGUGA